GCGCUGCUCGUGGCCGACGCCUCCAUGCUCGAGUACCACCGCGAGCCCAGCGCAGUCGAGACCUACAUCCUCACCGUCAUGAACAUGGUCGCCUCGCUCUACCUCGACCCCUCCAUCGGCAACCCCAUCAACAUCGUCGUCGUGCGCAUCGUGCUGCUCAGCGACGGAGAGUUUCAGAAUGGUCUCAACGGCACGGUGAACGCAGACCAGAUGCUGGAGACGUUCUGCCGCUGGCAGCACUCGCUCAACUACGACUCUGACGAGCACCCCAACCACCACGACGUCGGCAUCCUGCUCACCAGGCAGGACCUGUGUGCACGUGUUAAUGCAUGCAGUACAUUGGGAGUGGCACACGUCGCCGGCAUGUGCCAGCCUGAACGCAGCUGCAGUGUCAACGAGGACAACGGUCUCACUGUUGCACACACCAUUGCACAUGAGCUUGGACACAACUUUGGCAUGUACCACGACUCCGAGAGCAUGGGCUGCGAACGCGGCGAUGGCCACACCAUGCACGUGAUGACUCCCAGCUUCGAGUCGGAUAGCGUCGACGUCUCGUGGUCGGAGUGCAGCCGCAGAGACAUCACUGCAUUCCUUGACAAAGGGUUAGGCAGCUGUCUUGAAGAUGAACCAACACAGCAGGAUUACACCUAUCCAGAUGUUCCAACUGGUGCUAUCUACAGUGUGGAGCAGCAGUGUGAUCUUAUGUUCUCCACACAUAAUGCUACUCUGUGUUCAGCAACUCUCGAGGAGGUAUGUGAGAGGCUGUGGUGUCAAGUGGGUCCUUUGUGUUCUACAAUCUUGAGACCAGCUGCUCCAGGCACAUCCUGUGGCUGGAACAUGUGGUGUCAAGAUCGCAAGUGUGUUGAAGUUGGAGAUCGACCUGAUCCAGUAAAUGGCGGGUGGGGGGAAUGGGGAUCAUGGAGUGAAUGUACACGCACAUGUGGUGCUGGAAUUUCCACCAUUGAAAGAGAGUGCAACAACCCAAUUCCUAAAUUUGGCGGGAAGUAUUGCCUGGGAGAACGUCGUCGCUACAGACUCUGUAACACACAGCCUUGUCCUGAAGGAGAGCCAAAUGCCAGAGACUUACAGUGCUCCCAGUUCAAUAACAAAACAUACAACAACAAAGUGUACAAGUGGGUGCCAUAUUACGACAAAUCUGAACCUUGUGUGCUGUACUGCAAACCAGAUGAAGGGGACACUAGAAAUGUUGUUUUCUGGAGGGAACGGGUACUAGAUGGAACACACUGUGACACUGAAUCAAGGGAUGUGUGCAUUAGUGGAACCUGUCGGCAUGUUGGUUGUGACUGGGGCAUUGACUCAAAUGCAAAAGAAGAUCACUGUGGUGUUUGCCUUGGUGAUGGAAGUCAAUGUAAGACUUUUCAUGGCAUGUACAGACGGGCGGAUGUCACUGGAUACAAGGAGGUGGUAAUAAUUCCUGCUGGUUCCAGAAACAUUCGUGCUGUAGAGGAAGGGCCAUCAAGAAAUUUUGUAGCUGUUGCCAGUGCUACAACAUAUAAAUAUUACCUAAAUGGAAACAAUCAGAUUGAGAGAUCAGGAUCUUUUUCAAUCCAUGGCACUGUUGGUUUUUACGAGCGCCACAAUGAAAGAGAAAAUAUUACUAUACCAGGCCCAAUACCUGAUGACAUAAAGAUAUAUGUAUUACACCGGCCCCGUUCAACUAGUACCUUUGGGCUGCGAUAUGAAUACACAGUGCCAUUGGACAAGUUAGCAAUGGUGAAGGAAUAUGUCUGGGCAUACUCAGAAUGGUCAGAAUGUACAAAAAGUUGUGGUGGUGGAACGCAAACGUCAGUGCCAGAGUGUCGUGAAAAAUCUAAAGGUCCAGUUGAAGACUCCAUGUGCAUUCAGGAGCAUAAACCAGCAAAUUUAACAAGAUCUUGUAAUGACCAAUUAUGCCCAACAAGAUGGUGGACUGGACCUUGGCAUGCCUGCUCUGUAUCAUGUGGUGAAGGUGGAAUUCAUAAGCGACUAGUCUUCUGUGUAGAAGAGAAAAUUCCAGGAGAUGCAAACAGUCGAGAUCAACGUAGGCCAGAUUCUGACUGUGCACACCUCACUCGUCCACACAAUCAGGAAUCUUGUCCACAGAUGCCACCCUGCAUCGUAAAAGUGCAGCAGAGUAUCACAUCAUCACAAAAUUCCAGUAUGCACAAUGGUCCAAAACGAAAUGGUACCAGGGGACGGAGGCCGUAUUAUGUUGGUGGCAGACGUCGGCCAUCAGUGCCCAGCCCAAGAAAUAAUAAUAAUGAUAUGCGACGAAGAGGGUGGGCUGUCGGGGCCUGGAGUGAGUGUUCUGUAACUUGUGGUAUUGGUAUCCAUCGAAGGAAAGUUGUCUGCGGCCAUCCAAGGGGAAAAUGUGACCCAAAACAGAAACCUUAUGAGACGAAAUCGUGCAAUAUGAAUGCUUUCUGCCACCUUCACUGGAUUACAGGCCCUUGGAGUCAAUGCAGCAAAACAUGUGGACGAGGACCGUCAUACAAGAGAAGAGAAGUUCGCUGUGUGGAUAAAAACACCAACAGACCAGCAGAAGGUUGUUUCCCAGUCAACAGACCCCUUAGGAGGGAAGUCUGUCAUCCACUGCCUCCUUGCCCAACCACCUCUCUUCAUCCACCAAACACAACACCUGGUAGGCACAGAAGUGAUGCCUGUGUGGACACCUUAAAACACUGCAGUGACUACAAGAUGCAGUGUAAUCGUUUUUGGGUAAUUAAGACAAAAUGUUGCUACACAUGUUCACUCAGGUAGCACAGACAUUAAUUUAUUGUGAAAGUGUGUGUGUGUGUAUGUGUACGUGUGUUUGUGUUUUAUGCUGCCAAAAAGAUUUUGAUCUGAUAUUUCCAAGACUCAAAGGAGCAUUUAUGAAUGGAGAGAAAGACAAGUGAAAACAGGUUACAAAGAACUAAUGUACCCUGAUAACUGAUGUGAUUCUUUAGAAAUAAGUACUUGCCAAUGCAGUGUUGUGUCAGAUAUUCUUUCACAACCACUUCACAAAAAAAUGUGAAGUUAUCUAUAUUGAAACUGCCAUCCAAAAACCUCAUAAUAUUGUACAUAGUGAUUAAAAUCAAAAAUGUAAAUGAUAAAUAUUUCAUAUUGAAACUGCAUAGCACCUCCUGUGUGUGUACAAUUGUUAUUUCAUUAACAAUAUUGUGAUAAAAAGAAAUCAUCAGAAUAUUGGAAUGUAUGAUACUUCAAAGCAGUGAAAUACUAGCCAUGUUCCUGUACAGACUGUGUGACAAAUGCCAUAUAUAUCUCCCUGGCCACUAAUAUUUCAAAAAAGUUUGUUAACAGUGUCUCCCAGUACACUGCCUAUUAUUACUGUUGUGUAUUAUGAUUUCAUGCAGAAGUCAUCUAUUUUCAUUCCAUGACUGUUACAAUGUUUUUUUGUUACAUAUGUAUAUUGGAUUUUGUUAUGACAAUUCCAUUCCACAUAUUAGUGAAUUAGUUAAUAUUCCAACAUGACUGUUAAAUAUUCAUGAAAAUAACUGUUACAGAAUAACUCUUAUCGUAUUCUUGUUCUGUAAAAACUGUCACAGACAGACAUUACUUGCAAUUAUUGUUUGCUAUACAU